AUGAGGUUUGCAAACCUGCUUACCGGCGCUUUGGCGUCGGGAAACCUCUGGGCCUCUGUCGUAGCCCAACCGCCAACCGCCUCUCACGUUGAGGUACAGCUCGUCGAGCUGCUCGAAAAACAUGGCUUGGCUCUAGUUCCGCGGUCCGACUUGACCGAUGUCAUGAAGGAACUCACACAACUGCUCAAGGAGACGAGAUUAGAGCGUCAGCAAGCUGCAGCUCUGUACAGGAGGCAAAAUGGCACAGACACCAUCUCGACAUCCGCCAUAGGCAUUGCCGAUCUUGGCGACAUCCUUGCGGAACUCAAAGAAUUCAUCAAAGCCCUCAGUAGCUUGCUAACUGCUGACUUCUUGAACGACACCCACGACACAAUCACGUAUUUGAGCGAGACUCUUCAACCACCAACCGCAUCUCAAGUCAGAAACAUUCUUACCAAGGGGGGGCCUCUAAUUGAUACACUCGGCGAACUCGAUCUUGCUGGAUUGAUUGACAUAAUCAAGGAUGUGGAUCUUCCCACUUUAGUCAAGUCGAUACUUCCGCUCCUGAGCCAGGACAACAUCAACAAGAUUCAGAAUCUUCUUAACAUCGCUGAUGAGGAGACGAUCAAUAGCCUAAAGGAGCUGCUUAAGAGCGCCAAGCCACUACUUGACAAGCUUACGAAUAUUGAUCUAGAAGGCAUUAUUACCGCUCUAGAGCCCCUUCUUACGAAGGAGUCGGUAGAGGGAAUAGUGAACUUGGUCAAGAACGCCGGAGUACUCCUUGACGAGGAUACCGUCAAGAGUCUAAAGGAAUUACUUACAAGUGCCAAGCCACUGAUUGAUAAGUUGGUCGGUCUUGAUCUUGAGGGAAUAAUCACUGCUCUGGAGCCGCUUCUUACAAAAGAGUCGGUGGAGGGAAUAGUGAACUUGGUCAAGAACGCCGGGGUACUUCUUGACGAGGAUACAGUCAAGAGUCUGAAGGAGUUGCUCACAAGCGCCAAGCCACUGAUUGAGAAGUUGGUCGGUCUUGAUCUUGAGGGAAUUAUUACUGCUUUGGAGCCGCUCUUAAGCAAGGAAUCAAUUGAAGGAAUAGUGGCAUUAGUCAAGAAUGCCGGAACGCUACUUGACGAGGAAACCGUGAAGAGCCUGAAGGAGCUAUUCACAAGCGCUAAACCUCUCCUUGAUAAACUUGUCGAUCUUGAUCUUGAGGGCAUCAUUAAUGCUUUGGAUCCACUUCUUACUAAGGAGUCAAUUGAGGGCAUCGUCGCACUGGUCAAGAAUGCCGGAACAUUGCUCGAUGAAGAAACUGUCAAGAGCUUGAAGGAAUUAUUCACGAGUGCCAAGCCUCUCCUCGACAAGCUGAUUGACCUCGACCUUGAGGGUAUAAUCAAUGCCCUCGAGCCCCUUCUAACUAAGGAGUCUGUCGAAGGCAUCGUCGCACUAGUUAAAAAUGCAGGGACGCUUCUCGAUGAGGAGACAGUCAAGAGCCUCAAGGAGUUGUUCACGAGCGCUAAACCCCUCCUCGACAAGCUGACUGUCCUUGAUCUUGAAGGUAUCAUUAACGCACUUGAGCCCCUUCUGACCAAGGAGUCGAUCGAAGGAAUAGUUUCACUCGUGAAGAAUGCCGGCCUACUUUUGGAUGAAGCCACAGUCAAGAGCCUGAAGGAUCUUCUUACGGCAGCCAAGCCUCUCAUUGAUAAGAUCAUGGAAAUUGAUAUUGCAGGAAUAAUCGACGCGCUGAGUCCCCUGCUCACAAAAGAAUCAAUCAACAGCCUCGUUGGGCUACUCUCCAAUGCACAAAAAUUGCUCACCGCCGAAUCUGUAGACCAGCUUUUGUCAAUUCUAAAUGGCGCAGGCCCAUUGCUAGAUUCACUGAGCAAGAUCGACCUCCCGAAGCUGCUCGACCAACUCGAGCCACUACUCAAUUCAUUGAGCAAUAUCGAUCUCUCGAAGCUGGUGAACCUGAUUACUCCACUUCUAGAGUCGCUCAGCAAGCUCGAUAUCGAGGGAAUUCUUGCCGCUGUGGCCCCUCUGCUCACCCCCGACAGCGUGAAGGGUCUCGUUGGAUUGUUGCAGAAUGCAGAAGCCUUGCUUACAAGCGAAUCUGUGGACCAGCUCAAGUCGAUUCUCAAUGGUGCUGGGCCAUUGUUGGAGUCAUUAAGUAAGAUUGACCUACCCAAGCUUGUCGACCAACUUAAGCCUCUGCUCGACGAGUUGGCGACAAUUGAUAUUGGCAGGCUUCUUCGCCAAUUGUCACCUCUACUUGAUUUGUUGGGAGAACUCGAUCUCAAAGGCAUGCUCGAGGCCGUCAAGCCUCUCCUUACACCCGAGAGCGUCAAUGGACUUAUUGGAUUGGUAACCAAUGUCGAGGGUCUGUUGACCGCUGAGUUCGUCGACCAGGCGAAGAGCUUGCUCGGUGGAGCAGUACCAUUAAUUGAAGCUCUUGGUCAAAUCGACCUAAAGAAAAUCAUCGGGCAGCUGACGCCACUCUUGGAUAUUCUCGGAGAGAUUGAUUUCAAGGAUCUUAUUGAGAAGCUGAAACCCGUCCUUGAUGCCGUUGCCCAGAUCGAUGUCAAGAAUGUUGUUGAAAAGCUCUUGCCUUUGAUUGACACCUUAACACAGAUCGAUCUUUCUGCGCUUGUUGAGAAGAUUAUCCCGCUUAUCAAUGCUCUUACAGAGGUUGAUAUUACCCAAUUAGUCAAGAAACUUGUUCCUAUUAUCAAUGCCCUUGGCGAUAUUGAUAUACAAGGGUUGUUUGAUGCUCUGAAACCCUAUUUAACCCCAGAGACCCUGAAGAGCGUUUUUGGUCUACUUGAUGUUUUGACGAAGGUUGAUAUUGUCGGUCUUUUCAAUGCUGUCAAGCCUCUGCUUGAUGAAUUAGCAGGCGUUGACCUAACUGGCAUUGUCGAUGCUCUCAAGCCAGUCUUGGACGCCCUGAAGAAAAUCGACAUCCAGGGCAUUGUCGAUAAAUUACUGCCAUUGAUUACUCCGGAGAACAUUGAAAGUCUCCUAAAGGUGGUUGAUAAUGUACAGACACUUGUGACCGGAGAGUUCGUGUCUAAUGCAUCCGAGCUACUUGGUGAUGCUACCCCACUCGUCGCGACCGUUUCUGACAUUGUCCGUGCAUUACUGAAAGAGUUAUUAGGGAAAGAAUGA